AUGGAUGCUCAGCAACCUCAACACCAGCACCUUGCCUCCAUGACCGUCAACAUCGACAGUCAGCAACAGAAACAACAUCAUCUGCAACAGCUGCAACAGGCCAACCCGCACUUCGCCAUGCUGGCUCCAGUGGAGCUUGGACCACCGAUGGCCACUGGCUUCACCGUGCAUUCUCCGCCCAUGCACGCGAGCCUGCAUGCGUCGUCUUCGACGUACGGGCAGCAUCAGGGCAACGUCGCGCAGCCCUCCAUGUUCCAAGGGAACUCGAGCCUGACGAUGGGCAUGCUGAUGGGCCUCGAUCCAAGAUACCAGAUGGCGCCCUCGUACAUGGGCUACACACCUCAAACAGCGCACGCGGGCCCCAUCCAGCCAUUCGUCCCUCCAGCGCUGACCUCCAUAUUGAUGCCCCCGGGGAUGCCCCCACUGCUGAUGUCGAGGCCGACAUCGCAGUGGAUCGUCUUGAGUGACGACAUGGCGCCGAUGGUGCAUUGCAAGGGAUGUCCAGCCUGUACGACCUGGGUGCACCACAUCCAGGAGGCUGCGAGGAUGGACCUGUCCUUUGCAGAGGCCAACAGAGCCGCGCGCGUCGCCACGCAAGAGCAGCUCUGCGACCACUUCUGA